CUCCCUAUAUUCACUCGUGACUCUCAAGGGAAAAUCAUGAUCGAACAGCCUCGUGUGCUAGCAGAUUGCUAUUACCGCGGCUACGUGGAAGGCAUCCCAGACUCCAUGGUGACUCUGACUACCUGCUCUGGGCUCAGAGGACUGCUGCAGAUUGGAAACUUGAGCUACAGCAUCGAGCCCCUGGCAGCUUCCUCUGCAUCUGAGCAUCUUCUGUUGCAGAGGGAGGUGGCGGUUCCUGGAACGGUGAUCUACAAAACACCCCAGAGAGGCAGACAAUUUCCAGGUCGUGGUACAGCAAAAGGGCAGUUCCAGCCCUGGGGGCGCAUGCGGUAUCUGGAACUCCUUGUCGUGGUGGACAAGGAAGGGUUUGACGCUUUUGGUGGACAUAUAACUGACGUGACAUUGGAAGUUAUUGAAAUAAUCAAUCUGGUGGAUGGGCUGUUUUCUUCUUUCCGCCUUCGCGUGUUAUUAGCUGUGCUAGAGAUUUGGACAGAGAAGAACCCUAUCAGCAUUACCAAAAACGUAACUGAGGUCCUUCACAAUUUUAAUCUUUGGCAGAUCCAGCAAAGCCCUACGCAUGUUGCGCAUGAUGUGGGGUGUCUGUUUGCCUCCUUGGACUUUGGUCACAGCACGAGAGCAUUGUACAGGAGCGGCAAAUCGAACUUCGCCAGUGCCUGUGAUAGAAAACGCGCUUCUGCUGUUGUUUCGUUUGCCAAGCGGACUUACAUGGAGACUGCUGUCCAUGUCGCCCACGAGUUGGGGUAUGUCCUCGGCAUUGAUCAUGAUGACAAGUACUGCAGGUGUGGAAAUGCCUCUAAAUGCAUCAUGAACGCACAGAGCACAGUGAGCUACGAAUUCAGCAACUGCAGCACAAGGUACUAUUUUGAUUUUAUAGCGUCAGGGCGAGGACACUGUCUGAAUAACAUCCCAGCAUCAGUAACGACGUUUGUACCGCAGCGCUGUGGGAACGGUGUCCUGGAGCUCGGGGAGGAGUGUGACUGUGGCUCAGAAGCACGGUGUAAAUUGGACCCUUGUUGUGAUAACAACUGCCAAAAGAAAGAAGGAGCCGUUUGCACUUCUGGACUCUGCUGCAAGAAUUGCAAGCCUCUCCCAGAAGGAGAAGUGUGCAGGGAGAGCACCGACCCGUGUGACCUGCCUGAAUAUUGCAAUGGGAUAUCUGAGCAUUGCCCAGCGGAUGUGGCCAAGCAAGAUGGGACGGUGUGCGCUGAGGAUGGCUACUGUUACUCAGGCAAAUGCAAAUCACGCACGUUACAGUGUAAGAAAAUCUUUGGCGAGAAAGCAGAGCCUGCCCCACUAAAAUGUUACAAGGAGCUGAACGUGAAAGGGGAUCGGUUUGGCAAUUGCUGGGGAGAUGGGCUAGAUACCAAAUUUCAGAAAUGUAAGCUAGAAAAUGUCCUGUGUGGGAGGGUGCAGUGUACUAAUGUUAGGCACCUACCUUGGCUGGAAGAGCACUCAACCAUCAUUCAAACCCCAGUGGACGGUACCUUGUGCUGGGGCACAGACUACCACUUGGGCAUGGACACCAUGGAUGCUGGAGUCGUUGAGGAUGGCACGCAGUGCGGGGUGAAGAAGAUCUGCAUUAACCGGACGUGCAUCCUGAGGGAGAAGUACUUGGCACUCAGCUGUUCUGCCCAGAGAACAUGCGGAGGAAAAGGCAUUUGCAACACCAAAGGAAACUGCCACUGCAACAGUGGCUGGGCACCUCCCAGCUGCCAGUUUGUUGGCUUUGGGGGAAGCAUCGACAGUGGGCCUACGCCAGUCACUAAAAAGGGGCUUUUAAAAUUCAUCGUCAGGAUUACCAUGCUAACCGUUACCGGUGUGGUACUCGCAGCACUUGUCAUUGACCGUGUGAGAAAGCUCAGAGCAUCCCGAGUAUUAAGCAGGGCGGUCGGAUGCUUUCAGUCUAGAGAACAGGCUCCUGAGGGGGAUGUGAAGGACUAGGUGGAAGAGGACAGCGCUAAACCAGCUGAGAGGCAAAACUGCCCUGCAUAGGACCUCAUGUGGCAGCAGUGGAAAGCAGGACUCAGCUUCAG